UGUAAACAACAACUGGUCCGGCGGAAUCAAAACUCGAGUCCCGUUUCUGCUCUGGUGCAGUUGUUCGACAAAAUAUUCGCAGGUUUUCAUUCUCAAGUUCACUAGGAGUUAAUUAUUCAACAGUGAUGAAUAGGCGGCUACCGCUAAAGCUCAAAGAGCUUUCAGAAUGUUUCCGUACGCGAACGCUGGAACCGAUCUCAACAACGGAACAAGCCUUGCAGCAGACCGAACGACUCCGACACCUAAACGCCUUUAUCCGAACAUCACCGGAGAAAGCCCUAGCACAGGCGGAAAAAUCCGCCAUCCGGUACAAAAAUGGGAAACCUUUAGGACAGCUAGAUGGCGCCCCCAUCGCAGUGAAAGACAACUUCUGCACCAAAGGAAUCCACACGACGUGCGCGGCUCGGAUGUUGGAAAACUUCGUCCCAACGUACAAUGCGACCGUGUACGAGCGGUUGGCUAAAAGCGGGGCCAUUCUGCUGGGGAAAACCAACAUGGACCAGUACGGGAUGGGCUCGGGCACGGUGGAUUCCAUUUACGGUUCCACGAGGAACUGCUGGGAUGCGGUGGAAGGAGACGGUGAUUUUCGGAUUGCUGGCGGGAGUAGCGGCGGUUCGGCUGUGGCAGUGGCUUCCGGGAUAUGCUUUGCUGCACUGGGAUCGGACACCGGAGGCUCAACCAGGAAUCCAGCUUCUUACUGCGGAGUCGUUGGGUUCAAACCUACGUACGGGCUGUUUUCUCGGUACGGAUUGAUACCGUUGGUGAAUUCUAUGGAUGUGCCUGGGAUUCUCACGAGAGAUGUGCCUGGGAUUCUCACGAGAACCGUCGACGACUGCCUGGCCGUGUUCAAUGCUAUAGCUGGUCCAGACGAGCGGGACUCUACCACAAUUAAGAAGGUUUUUGAGCCAAUAUCUAUUCCCGACGGUACGGACAUAUGUUUGAAAGGAUUGAAAGUAGGAAUACCCAUCGAAUAUCACUGUGAAGGACUUUCUGACGAAGUUCUCAGCACUUGGACCAAGGUAGCCGACAUGCUGGAAGACGCGGGAGCAUCGGUUCAUCCCGUAUCCCUUCCCUACACAUCCGCAUCGAUUUUCGUCUAUUCCAUUUUGAACCAAUGUGAAGUCGCUAGCAACAUGGCGCGAUACGACGGGAUCGAAUUUGGCCACCGCUCCGACGAGGACGCCAGCACCGAACAGCUUUAUGCCAAAUCCCGGGCGGAAGGAUUCAACGGAGUGGUCAAAAACCGUAUCUUAUCCGGUAAUUUCUUCCUGCUGCGGAAGAACUACGACAAAUAUUUCGAGAAAGCUUUGAAAGUGCGACGUCUGAUUGCCAACGAUUUUGAUCGAGCCUUCCAAAAGGUGGACAUUCUGCUGACCCCUACGACCCUCAGCGAUGCCCCGCGCUAUUCGGAAUUCGUCCAGAGCAACAACCGAGAUCAAUGCGCUGUCCAAGACUUUUGCACCCAGCCGGCAAACAUGGGAGGCAUUCCGGCGCUCUCCCUACCGAUAAGGCUUUCGGAACAGCGACUUCCCAUCAGCCUGCAACUGAUGGCACCGAAUUUCGCCGAAAAACGAUUGUUCAAAGUUGCCAGAUGGAUAGAAGAGCAAGUUAAGUUUGAUAGUAAUUAUAAUUAAUCAAGUUAAUAAAAAUAGUCAACUAGUUUUGUAA